AUGAGAACUCCUAACACUCGAAAGCAGCGUAAGGCGAGGAAGGAGGCAGAGAAGUUGUAUCCUACUCGCAAAUUCACCAACAUGCCACCCUUCAAAGAUGAGCACAUUCUGCUCAUCGCGCCGGGUUCGCAAAUGACCCUAGCGCAACUUGGUCUCCCCGAAACAUUUACCCCCGCACGCUUUCGCUUCCCGACGCGCAUGUUCCCUGGUGAAAAGAAGGGUGAAUUCGAGCCAUACAAGGUCCGCGAACGCAAGCGUGAUGCCAAUGUCAGCAAUGGUGUCAAUGGUACUGAACCGAAACCCGACGCGGAGAUGAAGGAUGGUGAGGCCGCUGCUCAGAAUGGUGCAAAUGGCGAGGAAACGGAGAAACCUGCUCAGGAGAUCUUUUACGAGGAGGACGUUACUUCCGAAGAAGGCGCUGUCUAUCCCAUUCAGGAUGGCCGCAUCGUCAAUUGGCCCUGCUUCUUCGCCCUGCUGACCCACAUCUACAACUCCCUCAGCCCACCUUUCCACACCCCCAUUCUAUUGGUAUCCCAACCGGUUUGGUCGGCGCGCGAUCGGGAGGCGAUCUGCCAGUUUGUCUUUGAGAAAUUCAAGGUUCCAGGAUUUAGCAUGAUGGAUGCGGCUCUUGCAGCUUGUUACGGUUUUGGUGUACAGACCGCAACUGUUAUUGACGUUGGUAAGAGCAAGGUGGACGUGACCGCAGUUACAGAUUUCAUGAUCAACGACCAUGGCCGAGGUAUUGCUUUGGAGGGUUGUGGCGGUGAUGCGAUGACCGAUCGACUCCUUGAGCUUCUUGGCCCUAGAGGCUUCACCCGGGAAAUGUGCGAGCAACUUAAGCGAAGCAAUAUUGCGGAGAUUCUUCCCCCGGGUGUCACAUUGCCUGGAACUGCAGCUACUGCCCGCCAAGGUCUCAACCCUGCCGCUGCUGCCUCGACUGGUGGAGCCGAUGCAAUUGGUGCUGUUCCUCGUGGCCCUGGCGAAGGAACUCAAACUGACGGUGAUACCAACGGCGACGAAGAUGAGGGUGUCUUGGAUGUCGCGGCUAUUGUCAGCAGCGGAAACACGACCGAAUAUUUGGCCAACUUGGAGAAGGAAAAGGCCAUCAACAAGAAGGCCGGUAUGGAUCCGAAGCAGCCUCGCCUUCCCAACUCUAAAAAAGAGAAGGCAACUUUCCAGUUUGAGGAAUUUGUACAAAUGGAAGGAGAUAACAGCUCCCAGCGCUACAUUCGCAACUCACGCGAGAUUGAACUUGGUGUUGAGCGCUUCCUCUUGGCUACGCCUCGACAGAAGGUUGGGGAUCGUAUCAGCAACGGCAUCUUGGAGGACAUCGCUACUCAGAUUCAUCACACUAUUCUGGCUGUACCUGAUGCUACUAAGCGUAGCGAGUUGUGGGAUUCACUCAUCAUCGUUGGGUGCGGAAGUAAAGUUCGAGGCUUUGUCCAGGGACUGCUUGCCGUCAUUAACAAAAAGUUCAUCCUCUCCCCAUCCGCCACGAUCUUCACCUCCGAAAUUCCUUCAACAUUCACCACUCCCCUCCCGACUGGCGGCACUAACACCCCGGCGCCCAUGGGCAUGGCCCCUAUGUACCACCCAGCCGCACCUGGAGUCAGCCAACUUUUGGUAAACGCCACUCACAACCAACAUGGCAUGGUCAUCCCAGGCACACCCGGCAUGGACCCUAAUAUGCCGCCGAGUCAUCAUCGCUCGACCGGUCAUUCCCAGACCCCAACCUCCGUCAAGACCUUGCGACUCCCAGAGUACUUCUCUGACUUCAAGGAUCAGGGCAACACCAACGCCCCUGGAGCCAGCACAGGACCCAGUGCCACUGCAGGCGGUCACGGUCCCGAAGAAGCUGGAUUCUUGGGAGCUCAGAUGGGAGCCAAGGUUUUCUUCGUGCUGGAUCAGGGUCUCUCCAAGGGCUACAUGAGCCGUGUUGAGUACAACGAGAGUGGACCGUCGGCCAUCCACGAGUACGUUCUGUAA